UUCAGACCUCUGUCAUGAAGGAGAGAAGGUAGAAGGUGCUGCUCUUUGGUUUUGUACUCUACUAUUUAUUUUUUUUUUUAACCCUGCUGAAGUUUUACUUGGAAAAUCUAGACAUUGGAUACUUUGUGAACUUCACUUGUGGAUAUCAAACUGUUUAAUUAAACCAAAGGAAAAAAAAAUAAUGGCAUAAAAAAUGGCUCAGUUCUACUAUGGAAGAAGCAACAGCUCUCCUUUCCAAGACCGGAUUCCCCUGCGCAUUGUACGCUCUGAAUCUGAGCUCUCGCCAUAUGAGAAAGCUUACCUGACUUCAGUAGAGAAAGGUGACUAUGCCAGCGUGAAGCAAGCCCUGGAUGAGGCGGAAAUUUAUUUCAAAAUCAAUAUUAAUUGCAUCGAUCCCCUGGGAAGAACUGCACUAUUGAUUGCCAUUGAAAAUGAGAAUCUUGAGCUUAUUGAGCUUUUGCUAACUUAUAAUGUCUAUGUCGGAGAUGCUUUACUGCACGCCAUACGGAAAGAAGUAGUGGGAGCGGUUGAAUUGCUUUUAAACCACAAAAAGCCAAGUGGAGAAAAACAAGUUCCACCAAUACUGCUGGAUAAACAGUUCUCUGAAUUUACUCCCGACAUUACUCCAAUCAUUUUGGCUGCUCAUACAAACAAUUAUGAAAUUAUAAAACACCUGGUUCAGAAAGGUGUCUCGAUCCCAAGACCACACGAGGUUCGGUGUAACUGCGUGGAAUGCGUUUCUGGUUCUGAUGUGGAUAGUUUACGACACUCUCGCUCAAGGCUGAAUAUCUACAGGGCACUGGCAAGCCCAUCUUUAGUUUCACUGUCAAGUGAGGAUCCCUUUCUAACUGCGUUUCAGCUAAGCUGGGAGCUUCAGGAGUUAAGUAAAGUGGAAAAUGAAUUUAAAUCUGAGUACGAGGAGCUGUCAAGGCAAUGUAAGCAAUUUGCAAAAGACCUUCUGGACCAAACAAGGAGCUCCAGGGAAUUGGAAAUUGUUCUUAACUAUAGGGAUGAUGGUGGUCUCUUGGAAGAACAGAAUGGCAAUGACCUUGCCCGUCUCAAAUUGGCAAUUAAGUACCACCAGAAAGAGUUUGUUGCUCAACCUAACUGUCAGCAGCUGUUGGCAUCGCGCUGGUAUGAUGAAUUUCCAGGCUGGAGGAGGCGGCACUGGGCAGUGAAGAUGGUAACAUGUGUAAUAAUAGGACUACUUUUCCCAGUCUUCUCUGCCUGUUACUUGAUAGCUCCAAAAAGCAACCUCGGACUUUUUAUCAGGAAGCCAUUCAUCAAAUUCAUCUGCCACACUGCAUCAUACUUGACUUUUCUCUUCCUCUUGCUGCGAGCUUCACAAAACGAAUACAACAUAAACCAGCCUGGACCCGCACCUGCUCCCAUUGAAUGGGUGAUAUUACCGUGGGUUUUGGGUAUUAUAUGGGCUGAAAUCAAGCAGAUGUGGGAUGGAGGAUUUCAAGAUUACGUCCAUGACUGGUGGAACUUAAUGGAUUUUGUGAUGAAUUCAUUAUACCUGGCAACUAUUUCACUGAAAAUUGUUGCAUAUUCACGGUACCAUUCGGAAUUAAUCAGUCGAAAUAACUGGGACAUGUGGCAUCCAACACUGGUUGCUGAAGCAUUAUUUGCUAUCGCAAACAUCUUCAGCUCCUUGCGUCUGAUUUCAUUGUUCACAGCUAACUCUCACCUGGGUCCUCUUCAGAUUUCUUUAGGAAGAAUGCUGCUGGACAUUUUAAAGUUUCUCUUUAUAUACUGCCUUGUGCUACUUGCAUUCGCCAAUGGUUUGAAUCAAUUGUACUUUAACUACGAAACCGACAUCAUUGACAACAAAACCUUGAAUUGCACUGGCAUUCGAUGUGAAAAACAAAAUAAUGCCUUCUCAACGUUAUUUGAGACUCUUCAGUCCCUGUUCUGGUCAAUUUUUGGUCUCAUCAAUCUCUAUGUAACAAAGGUGCAACCGGAUCACAAGUUCACAGAAUUUGUCGGUGCGACCAUGUUUGGGACCUAUAAUGUCAUCUCUUUGGUUGUUCUUCUAAACAUGUUGAUAGCCAUGAUGAACAACUCCUACCAGCUCAUUGCUGAUCAUGCGGACAUUGAAUGGAAGUUUGCUAGAACAAAGUUGUGGAUGAGUUACUUUGAAGAAGGAGGAACACUUCCCACUCCAUUCAAUAUAAUCCCUAGUCCCAAAACUUUUUGGUAUUUUUUUAAAUGGAUUAGGAAACAAGUAUGCAAGAAAUACACAAGAAAAAAGCCAGAAAGCUUUGGAACAAUAGGUAGAAGAGCAGCUGACAAUUUCCGAAGACAUAAUCAGUAUCAGGAGGUGAUGAGGAACCUUGUGAAGAGAUAUGUAGCAGCAAUGAUCAGAGAUGCCAAGAAAGAAGAAGGACUAACAGAGGAAAACUUCAAGGAAUUGAAACAAGACAUUUCAAGCUUCCGUUUUGAGGUUUUGGGUUUGUUAAAGGGAAACAAAUUGAAUAUCAAUAGUACAAAAAUGAGCAACAGCUCAGAUGUCUCAGAGACAGAAGAGAAGAGUCGCCCCAAGGAAAAGAAAAGCCGAACGCAAAAAAGCAACUUUAGCUUUUAUGACAUCACCACACUGAUCCAUCCCAGGUCAGCAGAGAUAACUGCUGAUAAGCAUAACUUGAGUAAUGGAUCUGCGACCCUGGCUUCAGAGACUGCCAAGGAGAAGCCAAAGAAAAUUCAGUUUGCCAAAGACAUAAAAAGCUUUGGACUUUUUCACAGACGUCCAAAACCUAACAGCACGGAACAGAGCACUAGUAAAAUUUACUCUGUUUCAGAGGAAGUUCCAGAACAACUCAUAUCCGAUCCCAGUGAAAAAACAUUUGACACAGUCAAAGAUGUAGAGCCAAACAGUGAGUUAAAUGUAAAUACUUUGGAUGAACAGUGUACAGUAACAGAAGAUACCCAGGAUACCUUGGAAUGUCUACCACUACAGCCUUCUGACAGUUGUCACAGUUUUGUAAAUGACAGUCAAACAGACAACAUUAAACCCACUAUGGACAAAGAUGAUCAUUUGGAUACAAGUAGCGCACAAGCAGAAGCGCCUGCAGAAGAAGAAGAUUCCAUAACAAGACUGUGAUUUUCAAUUAAUGUAUAUAUAAAAUAUAUAUUUUAUCAGUGCAUUUUGGGAUAUUUGAAUAUUCCUUUGCGAACCAAGUCAACAUGCUGCCAGUUUAGGCAUGAAAGCUCAAUUUACAUUCAAACAUAUACAGGGAUAGAAAUACAUUAUAGGAAUGAAUGGUAUGCUUGGCUAAAAGGACAUACAUCUGAUGCUAUGUUAAUCAAGGUAUCUUGCAUUUAUGUAUUGUUUGCAAUAAUCCACCCAAGAUUCAUAUCAUGUUAGACUAUGCAAAAUAAUCAUAUAAAAACCAUUAAGCAUACAUU